AUGAAAUGUGUAGAUCUAUUUCGGUCUAUUCAAAUCUAUCUAUCACAAUCUCGUCAUUCAUCUAUCUAUCGCAUCUUGUUCAUAUCUAUCUCAACCUUUUCGUAUCUAUAUAUCGCAGCCUAUUCAUAUCUCUCAACCUUUUCGUAUCUAUUUAUCUAUCGCAGCCUGUUCAUAUCUAUCUCAACCUUUUUGUAUCUAUAUAUCUAUCGCAGCCUGUUCAUAUCUAUCUCAACCUUUUCGUAUCUAUAUAUCUAUCGCAGCCUGUUCAUAGCUCUCAACCUUUUCGUAUCUAUUUAUCUCUCUAUCGUAGCCUGUUCAUAUCUAUCUCAACCUUUUCGUAUCUAUAUAUCUAUCUAUCGUAGCCUGUUCAUAUCUAUCUCAACCUUUUCGUAUCUAUAUAUCUAUCUAUCGCAGCCUGUUCAUAUCUCUCAACCUUUUCGUAUCUAUCUAUCGCAGCCUGUUCAUAUCUAUCUCAACCUUUUCGUAUCUAUAUAUCUAUCUAUCGCAGCCUGUUCAUAUCUCUCAACCUUUUCGUAUCUAUCUAACUAUCGCAACCUGUUCAUAUCUAUCUCAACCUUCUCGUAUCUAUCUAUCUAUCUAUCUAUCUAUCUAUCUAUCUAUCUAUUGCAGCCUGUUCAUAUGUAUCUCAACCUUUUUGUAUCUAUCUAUCGCAGCCUGUUCAUCUCUAUCUCAACCUUUUCUUAUCUAUGUUCGUAA